AUGGAGGAUGUAAAAGACCCGCCGACCGUCCACCGGUCCUCCUCCUUCAGCAUAAAGAGCCUCCUGCUGCCCUCCAAGUGCGACCGAUCGGACCCGGCUGCUGCAGCCGCCACCGGAGCCUCGGUCACCGGCAUCCCCGGGACUCUCUCUCCCUCUCCCGGGUCUGACUCUGAGAAGUCGCUGGACCCACCGGAGGAGAAACCGGGCAAGGAGGAGCAGGGGGAAGAAGAGGAGGAGGAGGGCGGAGGAGGAGGAGGAGGAGGAGAAGGAGGAGGAGGGGGCGCCAAGGCAACACCGGAGCAGAAUAAUAACGGCAAUAAUAAUAAUAGUAGCGGGAAAAACGGGAAAUAUGACAAGCCACCGUUCAGCUACAACGCUUUGAUCAUGAUGGCGAUCCGGCAGAGUCCCGAGAAGAGGCUCACGCUUAACGGCAUCUACGAGUUCAUCAUGAAAAACUUCCCGUACUACCGGGAGCACAAGCAGGGCUGGCAGAACUCCAUCCGGCACAACCUGAGCCUCAAUAAGUGCUUUGUGAAGGUGCCGCGACACUACGACGACCCGGGAAAGGGCAACUACUGGAUGCUGGACCCGAGCAGCGAUGACGUUUUCAUCGGCGGGACAACCGGGAAGCUCCGCCGGCGCUCCGCCACCUCCCGGGGCAAGCUGGCGAUGAAGCGAGGGCUGCGUUUUGCGCCUCUCGGUUUGGGGAUUAACGAGCGUGCGAACAACCCGCUGUACUGGCAGAUUUCUCCGUUUCUCUCCCUGCACCAUCACCACCAUCAUCACCCACACUACAACGGAUCAUCACCCGGAUUUUUGAACCAGGCGGCCGGCUACGGGUCGCUGCUGCCGGCGGUGGAGCAGCUCGGUAACGGGGAUCUGAGUCGCUCCAUCCUCGGCGGGGGAUUGACGAACAGUUACGGGAUGAGCACGUCGCCGGUCGGGCUGCUGUCCGGUCAGACUGCCGGGUAUUUUGUCUCAGGGACCCAACACACUUCGGCUGGACCGGGGCAACCGGGAGGAGGAGGGCCACCGCAUCCUCCUCAUCUCCAGCAGGGUGCACCGGGGUACGGCGGCCUUGGCACCGGCAGCUCCCCGCAGUCUCUGCUGUCAGACUCGCUCAGAAACAGCUCUCUACCGGCUUUCUCCCCCGGUGUGUCCGCCGGGUUUCCCGGUGUGCUGUCCCAUCAAAAGAGGGUGACUCCAAACGCUUUCCUAAACUGA